UCAACAGCGGCAAACAUGAAUUAAGAGUUAAGAAAUCCACCAGUGAAUACCAUCCAAAGUUACUAUUGAACUAAACAUCAUAUUGUGGAGUAAAUGGCGAAUACAUUACAUCUAACAGGGAAUGCGUCGGAAUUGGAUAAGUUGAUCCAAAGCUUUGAAUUUGAGAACCAGCAAUAUGUGAAACUGAUAGAAGCUGAAAAUCAACAGAUUGAUGCUUUAGAAAAAGAUUUACUGGAUAAAAAGGAUACCAUUACCAGACUGCAAGAGCAAAUAUCAAGUUUUGAUGAAGAAACAAAGAGAGCCCACAAACAAUUUACUAUUAACAGAGAAAAUGUAGAAAAUUUAAAGAAAACAGCUAUUGUACUAAAGGAGCAUGAGGAGGCCCUACAGAAGAAAAAUGUUGCCUUGCUUGAAUUAGGAGAAAGUGAGAGUAAAGAGAGAUCCCAAAUCCUUGAGCAUUACAAGAACAUAUGGAGUGAUUAUGAGGCUAAAUACAAGAGCUUUCCUCUUGCUAAGGCUUUGGACAGUCUUCAAGCAGAAAACAGGCAACUGGAGGAACAGCUGAAACAAGAGGAAGAUGAAUGUGGAAAACUACGAGAGAGACUGGCUAAUUUAAGUGACUCAAGUUACAGUGAUGUGGGGAAAUUUAAUUCAUUUGCUGUAACAAUAGCUGGAAUUAAACUUGAGACCAAAAGUGUAUUGAAAGAAUAUGAAAAGGUUGUCUUGCAUCUAUCCAAAUCACAGGAAGAAAAGCAGAGACAUCAACUGACUCUGAAGCAUACUCAAACCCAACCAAUGGCCAUGACACACACUACACAGAGUAACCAGCAGCAAAACCAGUCCAUCAGUCCUCAACAAGAAAACGCUGCUGACACAUACUCUGAUUCCAUGCUUAUAAGUGUAAUCAGAGAAAGAGAGGAUGAUGAAUCAGAUGUCCCAAUGCAAGUAAUAGACAACUCCCAAUCUACACAAGAAUGCCACAGUGGAAUAAAAACAAUCCCUUGUUCUUCUGGUCCUUCAGAACCUAGCCAACAACACAACCAGGAGGAACCAAUGGUUUGCAGCAGCUCAGGUGAAAAAACUUCAGAUGAAAAACCUAGUAGUCUGCUUAGAGGACAGGAAGUAAUGACCUGUACCAAACAGGUCCCGGUAGUCGAUGAACAGGGUGACAACAUCAAGACAGUAACUUGUCUUCCGUCCAAGCAGCCCCUCUCUCAAAGAACCAGUCCAGCAGUAUCAAAACUGGACAGAAGAGCCCCACUUCCACAAAAUAGUCCAAUGAUGCCUAAAGCAUAUUUACCUUCACUAGCAGAAAUGAGGGCAAAAGUUGCAAUACCAACUCCAAAGCCUAGUUCAAAACUUCAGACUGAGAGCAGUUCAAAGACGCAUCAGCUUCUUAUCCCAUCCAUAUCAAAACUCUCCGUAAGUCAAGCUGUUACAGUUCCAUUAAGUAACUCUGGGAAAAAAAUGUCCAACCAAUGCUCAGAACAAAUCCGGAAGCCUUUUGCCAAAACUACAACAGCUGAAAAUUUACAGGCUUCUUUUGGUCAUCAGGUUGAAGCUGCAAUCCAAUCAAAUAUACGUUCCAGUGAAAUUACCAAUAAUAAAAUGUCACUCAAAGGCACUAAAAAUUUUACUACCCAGUCUGAGAGGCCGAAGAUUUCAGCAUCUUGCAAAGAGCAAAGAAAUCCAAACUCUACCUCAACAAAAGUUAGUCAUCACGAAGUGACUGCACGUGAAACUUGUCACAGGGAGGAAAUUGAAAUGCAAGAGGUGGAACCAUCCAAGACAGUUACCACACCUCAAACACCGAUAGUCUCAGCAAACACAGGCGAUGUAAACAGUGCCAGUUCUACACCAGAAUCUUUGCAAGGAUCUACAGCAAAUAGUGGUGGAUUAAGUCCAUUUGAUAUGGCCAAACAUUCUGAGAGAAUUCAGAUGUUUCAUAAGUCCCCAGGCCUUCCACCUGGUCUCUACACUUCAAAGCCAAUGUUGACUUCUUCAGUGGUGACAAAGUCUAACUCAAAGAUUGCAAGUUCAGAGACUCCAUCGUUUGUAAUGCAAGAAACUAACGUAAAUCCAUUCAGUGUGAAUGAAUUCAACACAUAUGAUGAAGGGAGACCAAACCAUUUUUCAGGAUUCAAUGAGUUGGACCUUGGUAGCAGAGGAUUCAGCUUUCACAGCAAUACAAAUGAUUCCCCUGAAUCACGUGGUUUCACCUUUGAUGAUUCGACAACAAAAUCUGCAGAACCAAGAGGAUUUAGCUUUGGAGAUUCAUUCCAAUUUGGAGGGGAUUCUGCCAAGGGAGAUAAAUGCGAAAAUUAUUUGUCAGUGUUCGGAAGUGAAACAGGUGGUAGUCAAAUGGAAUCCAAAGAAACUAGUUUCACUUUCUCCUUUAGUGGAUUUCAGUAAUAAGAAAAUCUUGUUGUUCAUUGUUAUAAAUUGUUAAUUUGUAUUUACAGUUUUGAUUAUUUUCCAUUUUACUGCUGUUAUUAAA